CCUGGGCGGCGAGCGGGGGACUUGGAGGCGGCCCGCACAGUGGCUGCGAGAGGCUCUGCUGCCGCCAAAGCUUCAGGGCCCGGGAGAGCGCGCGCCGGCCCUCCUGGAAGCUCCAGCCCCCGCAGGACCGCGCCUGCAGCGAAGUGGAAAAGAGCCCGCGGGACCCUGGGCUUUGGAGCCAGCCUACCGCGCCCUGCGCCCGAGGCCGCGGUGUCCUGAAGACUGCGCCGCGACGGCCGCCGGCGGGACUCGAAGGCCGGUGCCUCACUCCCGCGCCCAGGCCCUACCCAGCGUCUUCGGCCGCCCCUAGGCCCUGGGGUGGAUCCGGCCCCUCCUCCACCACCUCCCGGAACAACCAAAAAUUCAAUUUGGGAUCUUCCUGAGUAAACAAGAGCCUAGCAUCUUUUGCUCAAUGAUGGAUUUAAUACGUACCUAUUCUUGAGGGAUUUUUUUUAAACAUUUGAUUUUUUUAAUCUUUAUUUUUGUGACGGUCCCUCACCUGUACAUUAUUAUUUUUUGUGAUUAUUAUUUUCUCUCCGCGCAUUGCUCCUUGACCCGCGAGUGAGAAAAAAAAGGACUCAGAAGCUGAGAGCUCGCAGGAACGAUGUAUCAGAGCCUGGCCAUGGCCGCCAACCACGGCCCCCCUCCGGGGGCCUACGACGCGGGCGGCCCCGGCGCUUUCAUGCACAGCGCGGGCGCCGCGUCCUCGCCGGUCUACGUGCCCACCCCGCGGGUGCCCUCCUCGGUGCUGGGCCUGUCCUACCUCCAGGGCGGAGGCGGGGGUGCUGCGUCCGGAGCCACCUCGGGCGGCAGCUCGGGGGCGGCCGCGUCGGGUGCCGGGCCCGGGACCCAGCAGGGCAGCCCGGCCUGGAGCCAGGCGGGAGCCGAGGGAGCAGCCUACACUCCGCCGCCGGUGUCGCCGCGCUUCUCCUUCCCGGGCACCACGGGGUCCCUGGCGGCCGCCGCCGCCGCCGCCGCGGCCCGGGAAGCCGCAGCCUACAGCAGCGGCGGCGGGGCGGCGGGCCUGGCCGGCCGCGAGCAGUACGGCCGUGCGGGCUUCGCCGGCUCCUACUCCAGCCCCUACCCGGCCUACAUGGCCGACGUAGGUGCCUCCUGGGCCGCGGCUGCCGCUGCCUCGGCCGGUCCCUUCGACAGCCCGGUCCUGCAUAGCCUGCCCGGCCGCGCUAACCCCGCCGCCCGACACCCCAAUCUCGUAGAUAUGUUUGAUGACUUCUCAGAAGGCAGAGAGUGUGUCAACUGUGGAGCCAUGUCCACCCCACUCUGGAGGCGGGAUGGGACGGGGCACUACCUAUGCAAUGCCUGCGGCCUCUACCACAAGAUGAACGGCAUCAAUCGGCCUCUCAUCAAACCCCAGCGCCGGCUGGUAAGCAAGUGCUUGGACCACUCAACCACCACCACCACGCUGUGGCGCCGCAACGCAGAGGGUGAGCCCGUGUGCAACGCCUGUGGCCUGUACAUGAAGCUCCACGGCGUCCCCAGGCCUCUUGCGAUGCGGAAAGAGGGGAUUCAAACCAGAAAACGGAAGCCCAAGAACCUUAAUAAAUCUAAGACAGCAGCAGGUCCUGCGGGCAGUGAGAGCCUUCCUCCCACCAGUGGCGCUUCCAGCAACUCCAGCACUGUGGCCAGUAGCAGUGGUGAAGAGAUGCGCCCCAUCAAGACAGAGCCCGGGCUGGUGUCCCACUAUGGGCACGGCAGCUCCAUGUCCCAGACGUUCUCAGUCAGUGCAAUGUCUGGCCAUGGGCCCUCCAUCCACCCGGUCCUCUCAGCCCUGAAGCUGUCCCCACAAGGCUACGCGUCCUCUGUCAGCCAGUCACCACAAGCCAGCUCCAAGCAGGACCCUUGGAACAGCCUGGCCUUGGCUGACAGUCACGGGGACAUAAUCACUGCAUAAUGUCACCUCCCUCCCUCCUCAGAUUCCUGCGUGGACUUACGACUUGGAGCACAGCAGAGAUGAGGCCCUGAGCUCCCAGCGGCUGGCCUCCUCUGUCUGGAAAUAACUCCAGAACAACUGGGAAGAAACUUGAAGUCGACAAUUUGGUUAGGGGAAGUGGGUGUUGGAUUUUAAUCAGAGGGCUUUUCAAGGUGGGGUGCUGGAAAGAGCCCAGACUGAUCUGGAAGCACCCACCCUUCACUAGGAGCUCACUUCAGUCCCUUCUGUGGAGUUAGAGACUUCUUUCUUGUUUUCUGCCCCACUCCACCCCUGACAAGAGAUGAGAUGUCCUUCUCCCCUACCUUUCCACCACUGUGGCCUAAGGUGGUGGUUUUUCCAUGGUGUUCCCAGCACCAGGGAUCUGAGGGCGGAUGCAGGGGCAGGGCACUGGGACCCCUGCUCCAGCCUGAGCCAGGGCAUCUGUUUGACAUGCAUUUGGAUGUGACAGGCCCCUUUGGGCAGCUCCUGCCCUUGCCCAACACUCCCUUUCCAGCUCAACACACCCCCUGCAUUCCUCCAUACUGAAUCUUGACUCCAGAAAUGCUGGGUGUAGCACCAGUGUUACUGGGUGCUCCGUGGAGAGAUGGAGAUGGAGGAGAGGCUGCUUUAUUCACCACACAGUACGGGCUUCUGCAAAAUUGCACCUUGGCAACUUCGCCUCCCCCACGUUCCUUUCCCGGUUCACGGCCUCAUCCCUUCGCUUCUUCUCUUCACCCCAAGGCCGCUGAAAAUAAAAAUCCCUUCCACUGCUCUGAGUGAUUUAGAUUCAGCUCUGCCUUCAGCUUGAAAAUGUCGCUUCCUCAGCAAAACAAGAGCUCUACAGAUCAGCCAAACAGCAGCUCCCCUCAAGCCGGCCCUUGCCCACCAAAUCCUUCCUCCACCCCAUCAUGCACAGGGGGUUCUGACUAAGAACAAAAGAGGUUCUGCUGCUAAAGCAAGUUUGACUAGCACUCAUCUAAGACUUGAGAUCCUUCUGGAGAGGCUAUCCGGUGGACACUGUCUGGGGCUGGGGCAGGCACUGUUGGGGGGCGGGGUCUUCUGUGGAUACUGACUCGCUUGCACUCGACUCUUGCUGACAUCACUCUUGCUCUGCGGAGAUGUGCCUCUUGGUCAGACAGCUGGUGGAGUCCAUCCAGAGCUCCUGCACCCACGUCCUCUCCAGCAAAAAUCUUAUCCAUGAGACAAAAAGCUAGGGAUUUUGCAACACAAAUGCAAAGCAAACAAACCCACAAAAACUCAUGGAAAGAAAGACAACGACUGAUAAGAGAAGACACUGAGGUGGCCUGGAGGGUUUGCCAGCUCUGGGCUGGUUGGAUUUGGCCUUCUCCCCACAUUGCUGUUCCUGCCUGUGACACUGGGGCUCACAAAGACUCCUUCCUGUCCUCCUGGGGCCUUACUGUGUCCUACCCCAAAACACCCAGCCCCCCACCCUCAAAUCCUACAGGCUGUAGCAGAGAAUAUCUCUAAACCAAGAUUCUGUUUUAAUCAUCAUUUACAUUGCUUUCUUUCAUGAAGGCCACCCUCAUAUACCUUCCCUAACCCACAAACCUGUUAACAUUGUCUUAAGGUGAAAUGGCUGUAAAAUCAGUAUUUAACUAAUAAAUUUAUCUGUACUCCUUCCUUUCUCCUCCCUCAGAGGUUUUCCUGGGAGGUUUGCUGCUGCCCCUUGCAAGGCAGUCUUGAGUCACGGAGUCCCCUUCGCUGAUCCGCUCACAGGCUGCAUCUAAACCCAUUUUCUCCCUUCACUCACUUUUGGCAGCUGGCCAGGACUUUCUCUGUAAGUGAUGGUGACGCGUGAAAGGAACACUCAUCCUGGCCCUGCUACUGACUAGUUUGAGACCUUGACAGGUAACCUCUAGGCUUUGGUUUCCUAGGAGAGGGUUGGACCAGCCUCUAACUACAGUUCCUAUGGCCCAACAGUUCACCCAAUAAAGGCGGGCCAUUUUUAGAGCUCCCUUUGGGAACACCAGGACUGGAGCAGAGGCCGAGCUGCGGGGCAGUGAUCUCUAGCCCACGUGAGUUAAAAUAUGUGCCAGAGGGUCAUCCUGAGGUGUCCUCCCACUUCCAUUUUCCACUUCCCCUUUACAGUUUGCUCCAAAUGAGCCCUCUGAGGGGCAGGUGAUCCUCCACACCAGUGGGAGAGGAGAUGAAACUUCUCCUUUAUCCAUUUGUCUUCAACCCUCUUAGGCUAUAGAAAUGCUUAAUUGCUUCAUAUUAAAAGUGAGGUGGGGGUGGGAGCAAUGGUCCCAAGGCCACCCGCUGACUUGGAACCUGUGGAAAAGGGACCAGAAAAGCAAAUCCACCCCUACUCAGAACUGUUUAUGAUGGCUUCCUGCCUCUCACAACUGACUUACACCAAACCCACUGGGCAACUGGUGGGUGGCCUUUGGCUUUUCACAGCACCCCUGUUAUUUUUGAGCAGGUCAGGAAAAAAGUAUAAUAACCAUUCUAUGUAAAAUCAGAAAGUCUUUUACAUUUGCUAAGAAAUAGCCAAACCUAUUAAAUGUAGUGACCAGAAGGACGAGUAGCAGAUAGCUCUAGCAACUAAGAGUAACCAAAGAGCUUCAAAACCAAAGAUAAGACCCACCAGGAUUUAUGUUGGCCUUGGGAAGUACAUGUUUUCUGAUGAUGAGGGCUUUGCUGAAGACAUUCUGCCAUUUCUCUUUAGGAAUGGCUUCCAGGACAAAAUGAUAUACAAUACCAGAAGACUGACCUCAUACCUUAUAUAUAGUUAUAACUUGUGCUUUUCCCCAGAUCAUAUAAUCCAGCUUGGUUCAGCCUCCUCGCUUACCAGACUUGGUUGCUUUUCCAAAUGCCUCCUCAGAGGACAUCGUUCUGAUAUUCUAAAGGAUGCAAUUCUUGGAUGGCUGAGAAGUGGCUGGGGGAAGGAUGUGGGGGGCUGGCAAUGAUGGUGUCAUCAGUAUAAACGUCUGGCCUAAUAUGGCGAGUGCAGCAGCCAAUGUGCAUAUGUCCAGGCUAAGAAACCCCUCAUGUUCCCUUACAGCCUCCCUUCUUGCUAUGACAAACUUUUGAGGCAGAGGUUAAAUCAUUUUAACAGUUGGAGAGCAUUAAUCCUUAAUAUUUGACUUUUGAGUGCCUUUAAGGGGGUGAGUAGUAGCGGAAGUAGCUGUGAUUAUGUUUGGCUUGGGUUUGACAGGAGUGAAAAUAAGUUUAUAUUCACUGAACAUGCACCAAAUGGAGCUGGGGUGGGGGUUAUUUGGAUGAGCCCACCCCACCCCCAAGACUGCAGAAGUUGACAUACUGAAGAGGAUACUGAGUGCAUGAGAAACAGCCAUCUGGACAUCUGCUUUUGGAGUGGAGGUGGUUGGUUUUUGUUUUUAAAUCCCUUUCUGACAUUGGACACUAUGGUUCAGAUUGCAUCAUUGCCCUGCUUGAAGUUAGAACACAAAAAUGCCAUCACCCCAUGACCAAGGACCUCAAAUCUUCAAGGGUUAGCUUGGGAAGUGGGGCCUUCAGGAAUCUGUCCUCUUGUUUCAGUUGCUGAGGCCUCUGACCUGUAGCCUCCUGGAAGUGCUGCUGUUCUAUACCACUCUGGCUGCAGUGUGACUUUCAUAUCCCUUCCAGUAGCUGCAGCAGUGGCAUUUGCAAAAAGACUACUCAAUAACAAGGAAAGCUAAAUAAUCCAAGCAAAAAUGACAUUAAAACGCACCUAAUGUUUCAAAGUCCAGUUUCUUUUGGUCUGUGCAUUGCCAUCUCACUCUUCUGGUUGAAGCCUGGGAGAUUGUGGG